AGCGGAAUUCCGGUAGUUCAACCUAAACCUACAUAUUUUCUCUCUAAAAUAAUUUAUAGCCUGAGGCGGCGUUGAUUAUUCCAAAAUAGUCGCGAAAAAAUCAUCCGACGCUCGAAACUUUCACGCCCUAAACAAGUAUCCCAUACGAUAGCUGAAGAUUCUUCGAGACAUAUUUCUUAAUGUUAUUUAUGGCUAAUCUCAACUGAUCGUGCGGCACUGGUUACUGAAGUGAAGAAAAAAUUCUAUUUUGAGAGUAUAUCACGAGACUGGAUGAAUAUCUGUUAAUUUUUUUUCCUGUACGUAUAACUUCUGCGGAUAUCAUGGAUGCAUCACUAUCGAAUUACUGGGUACAAUUUUUCAAAAAUGCAGGUUUCCGAACGGACGUGGCAACAAAACACGCUUUAACAUUUACAAACAACAGGAUACAACCAGAUAUGUUACCAGAUUUAGAUAAGCCAAGUCUUAAGGAAAUGGGUAUUGCAUUGAUGGGUGAUAUGAUUGCUAUUCUUAGAUAUGCUAAGAAAAUUGUAGAGGAAACAUCGUGUCAAACUUUCUUGGUUAACUCAGAAGAUACUCCUUUAGAUAAAAAUGCUGCAAAACCUCUUAUUAAAAAAGUUGUUCCUAAAACAGCAACUAAAACUUCUUCAGCUUCUAAAAAUAAAUCAGAGGGUUUAACAAAAACAGUAAAAUCAGUAUCAAAUACAGUUACGAAACCUAGUAUUGCAAUUAAGAAAAAAGUAGCUCCAACCAUUAAAACAUCUAAGUUGUAUUCUGAUUACAUUGAAACCAAGUCCAAACCAAAAACAAUACCUGUUAAGAGGAAGUACGAGAUCAGUAGUGAUGAAGAUGAGGAAAGGUGGGCAUUAAAGGAAGCAGAGAAGCGAAGCAAGAGUAAUGAUAAUGAUGUAGAAUGUCAAAUUUUACUGCCCAAGAAUACAUCAAUGAGGAAUCCAGCUAUAGUAAAGAAGACUAUAGAACAGAAGAAAACAGUUUUUCAUAGAUUAGGAGACAGUAUGGUAUCAAGUACAACAAGCAUUACUGAAUCGUCCAAUUCUAAUUUCAAUCCCACAUUCACAGUCACUGGUGUCACAGUUGGGAAAGAUUCUCAAAAACGCAUUUCCAGUGUUUUUAAUCGUUUGGGUAACAAGGAUAGUGAAACAAGAGAAUCUUCGUUUAGCAGAAACUCAAGAAAUGGAGUCACAAUUGGAACUCAGGGCAUUCUUAAAACUCGACCUUCUAUGUUUGGUACAACAGCUUUAACUACAAAACCUGCACUGAAAAAACCAGUAGGAACAAUGCGAGCUGAUGAGGAAGCCAAUAGAAAGACAGGAUCUCCAACAGUCAAGCAAUUAGUCAGGACUGCUAAAAGUAUGAAAAUCAGUGAAAUUCCUAGGAACUUUACUGUAAAAGUACCAGUACAUGGUAAACUAGCAUCAGAGACUGUGAUUCUUCCAGCAAAAUCGCGACUAGGCAUGUCAAAGCAAGUAACAUUCAAUAGGACAGCUACAGUAAAUCAUUUUAAGAAGCCAGGAGUAUUUAGUAGACUAGGUGUUUAAUAUCAUACUAGUGUUAUGAUAAAAUACUAAAACAUAGUUUUUUAAGAUUGUAUAUAUUUUAUGUGAGGAACAUCGAUCAAGAACAUCCAUUGUCAAUAACAUAUUUUGCGCUUGAAAUUUUUUUUAGUAACUGAUUUUUAUGUGUAAAAAUAUGAUAUUAUGUUUAUUAACUUGUAGCUUGUGAACUGCUACUUCAUCGAUAUUCAUAGUAUUUUAAAAUAUAAAGUAAAUUUAGAGAACUAAUUAUUGUCAGUGACAAAACUUGAAAGAUAUAGUUUGGUGGAAAAUAAAUUUGAAUUCUUAUGUUUAUCGAAAAAAUUGUGCGCAAUUUAUAUUUAAAAAUGAUUAAAUAGUAUUCAGAUAUAAAAAUACUAGUUUUCUGAAUUUACGACCAACACUGUUGCGUAUUAUGAAUACCAAUGAAGACUUUACAUUAAUGCUUCAAAAAAUAUUUUUUGAACCUUGUGUCAAUUUCCAAUCUCAAUUCUUUAAAUAUGAACUUGUGAUGUCAGAAUUGUUAAUUUAACUGUUUAUUAACUAGAAAAGUGAUUAUUACCAGAAAUAACUACAAACAAUUUGCAAACUCGAUACUUAACAAAAUGUAAAUAUUUGAAAUAAAAUAAUAAAAUAAAUAAUUUU